AUGGCCUCUUCAGAGAGGAUGUCAAGCGCCAAGAAAAAGGACGACAAGAAGUGUGCCACCAAAGAGCACAGACAGCUGUCCAGCAUCAUGGGAGUCAUGAACAACCUGAGAAAACAGGGUACACUCUGUGAUGUGACCCUGGUGGUUCAGGGGAAACACUUUCCCGCCCACAGAGUAGUUCUAGCUGCUGCCAGCCGCUUCUUCAGCCUCAUGUUCACCAGCAGAAUGAUGGAGUCAGUGUCCCAUGAGGUGGAGCUCAGGAGUGCUGAGCCUGAGAUCAUUGAGCUGUUGAUUGAAUACAUUUACACGGCACAAAUCUCAGUGAACAGCAGUAAUGCCGAGUCACUGUUGAACGCAGCCAACCAGUACCAGAUUGAGCCCGUGAAGAAGAUGUGUGUGGAGUUUCUUAAAGGACAGGUUGAUGCAACAAACUGCCUCGGUAUUUCAUCCCUUGCAGACUGUAUGGACUGUCCAGAGCUGAAGGCGGCAGCAGAGGACUUUGUCCAGCUCCACUUCACUGAAGUCUACAAACUGGAUGAAUUCCUGCAACUGAACGUUAUGCAGCUCACUCGCAUACUGCACCAGGACAAACUCACCGUCCGUGCUGAGGCCCAGAUCUAUGAUGCUGCCGUGCGCUGGUUGAAGUACGAUGUGUGUAACAGACAGCGGUACAUGGCGGAGGUGUUGGGGUGCGUUCGCUUUCCUCUGGUCUCCAAAACCUUCCUCUCAAAGACUGUGCGGACUGAGCCUCUCAUCCAGGACAACCCAGAGUGCCUCAAGAUGGUCCUCAGUGCGAUGUGCUACCGCCCGCUGUCCCUGAAGGACCGGAGGGACCUGGGAGAGAGCAGCCGACCGCGGCGCAAGAAGCACGACUACCGCAUUGCUCUGUUUGGAGGCUCACAGCUUCAGUCCUGCCGCUACUUCAACCCCAAGAACUCCAGCUUUACAGAAACUCGCUCCACCUUCAAAAGGCACUGCACUGCCACGGCUGUCUUCUGGGACAAAGUCGUGUACUUUUUGGGUGGCUCACGGGCCAUCACCAUGGACUGCUAUGAUAUUGCGAAGAACAGCUGGUGUUUCAAGCUGGGCCUGCCCACACCUCGGAACAACCUGUCUGCCUGCGUCGCCAGUGGCAAGAUCUACACAUCUGGGGGGUUGGAAGCGGGGAGCUCGGCCCUUGACUUUUUCGAAUGCUAUGACAUAAGGACGGCAUCGUGGCAAAUCAAAACCAGCAUGCUGAUGGCCCGCUUCAGCCACGGUUCAGUGGAGGCCAACGGGCUCAUUUAUGUUUGUGGAGGAGUGGCGGGCAACAACUUCUCUGGGAGGGUCCUCAACAACUGUGAGGUCUAUGAUCCUAAAACGCAUCAAUGGAGGGAGUUGUGUGGGAUGAGAGAGGCCAGGAAGAACCACGGGUUGGUGGUUGUCAACAACAGGAUCUAUGCUGUUGGAGGGCAGGGGGCACUGGGUGGACUGGUUUCAGUGGAAUACUACAGCAUUGCUGAUAAUGAGUGGUGUGCUGCCUCGCCUAUGCCAUGGCGAGGUGUGGCGGUGAAGUGUGCAGCAGUAGGAAACGUCAUCUAUGUGCUGGCAGGCAGGGGGGAAUUAGGGGAGCGAAUGCCAGAGAUACUUGAGUACCACAUUGGAACAGACAGGUGGGUGGCGACGUGCAAAAAUGUGCCAGGGUCUCUCCCCAGCAACUGCCUGAUCUGUGUGGUCAACAUAUAAGUCAACAAAGACAUGGAGCUCGUAGAUUCUCAGCCACAUGCUGCAUCCACUGCCCCUUCAUCUGCCUCAACCUGA